AUGAAUAUAUUAUUUUCUUGUAUAUUAAUUAUAAUUUUCAUCUUUAAUAUUUUAUCUUUCAAUUUUGCAAAUAGUUCAAUUUUACAAUCACAAAUAAGUUUAAGAUAUAUAAACUUUAAAACUAAUAAUGGAAUAUAUAAAACCAAUAGUAGUUUUUAUAUUGUUGACUAUGAUAAACACUUAAUAAAAUCCAAUGAUUCAAUAAAUUGGGAAUAUUGUAUAAUAGAUAAUAAAAAUAAUAGUAAAAUUAGUGUAGAUUUAAUAUAUUCACAAAAUAAUAAUGAUAAUAUAUUAAUAAUAACGAAAUUAAAUUCAUCAAGUUCAAUUGUUUCAGUUUCAAAUGAUGGUGAAAGUUGGGUUCAAAAUAUAUUAAGUAAUAUUACCUUUGAUGGUAUUUCACCACACCAUACUAUACCAAAUUUAUUAAUUGGAUGGAGUAAUAUUUUUUUACCAUCAAAAGAUAGUUGGUGUCAGUUCUAUUCAAGUACCGAUAUGGGUAUAACUUGGAACUCUAUAAAUAAUAAUUCAAUAACACAGUGUAAUAUAGUUUGGGAAGAAAAGAAGCCAGAGUUUUAUGGUAUUCAUAACAACGAUGAAAAACUAAAUCCAAAAAAUAACAUAGUUUAUAAAUAUAAUGUUAAUAAUAAUAGUAUGGUUCAACUAUUCAAUAAUGCCACAGAUUUAACAUAUACUGAAAAUUUUAUAUAUUUUAAAAUAAAUAGAACAGUAUAUUAUAAAUCAAGAAAAAAUAAUAUUAAAAAUGAUUAUGAAGGUUUUAUCCCGGUGAUUAUCAAUGAAAGAGACCCCAGUGUAAUGGAGCUUUCAAUUUUGGGUGAUUCAAUUGAUUCGCUUUAUAUAUCGGAUAGCCUAAUGGUUGGUAGAUUUAACUUUUACGUUUUAAAUACCGAAGGUUCCGUCACAUUUAAUGUUAACAAUAUUACACAUAACGAAAUAUCUUUUGAAGAAAUAAAAAGCUUUACAAACUCAUUUAUAUUAAAAAUUUAUAGUUCAACACCUCCAAUGGAGGUUUUCAAUUUUAAAUUAAAUAAUGUGGGAACAGAAUGGUCAAGAUUAGUUUCAAAAAAUAGCCAAGUGGAAGAUUACUUCCCAAACCCAAUUAAAAUGAUAUCUGAUGCACAAAUUCCAGGGUUAGUUAUUAUGUAUGCAAAUAAUGAUACUGUCACCAAUUCAAUUUACCCAUCAUCUCCAAUAGGUGUUUUUAUUUCCGACAAUUUUAGCAAUUGGAGUCCAUUGUUAAAUGAAUCAUAUACUGAUGGCCAAUUGCCAAUUAUUAGUGUAGGUGGGUUUGGCUCGUGUAUUGUAAUUUCACACCAUGAUGGAAAUCAAAGAAAACUAAGUUAUACAUUUGACCAAGGCAAAACCCUCAAUUCUAUCGAAAUGGACAACGAUAAUAUAGAAAUCGUAUCGAUUUUCAACUCUGACUUUAAUAGUUGCAAAUUCCUUGUAAAUGACGAAACUGACUCAACAUACUCUAUUGAUUUAACACCUGUUCUUCCAGAGGUAUGCAAAGAAGAUCAAUUAAAUUAUUUCAGUAGCUCCUGCUCGUUAGGUAAAAUGACUCAAUACUAUACUGUUAAAAAUGGUGAGGGUUGUUACUUGGAUAAAUCACCCAUUCUAUCAACAACCUCUUGCGAAUGUUCUUAUGAAGAUUUCAAAUGUGAAGACAACUACGAAUUGGAAUAUGAUCAAAAUACAAUAAAUGACUUAACUGGUACAAAUAAAACCAAUUCUCAAUAUAAAUUUGGAUGCACCCCAAAAUCUAAUAAGAAAUCAUGUAAAGACGGUGAAUGGUACUUUGAAACCAAAGGAUAUAAAUUAAUUCAAGGUACUCAAUGUGAAGGAGGUUUAUUAAAUUCAACAUUAUCAGUACCUGAAUAUAUGCAAUGUAAUAAUUUCAUAAACCCAGAAUCAAAUGAAUUAUCUUCAUCUUCAUCUUCUAAAUAUUUAAUUAAAAAUGGAAUGGUUGUUUUUUCAUCCAUUACACUUGCUUCAACAUUAUCAAUAUCAUUAAUAUUAUUUGCAAUUCAUAAAAGAAAAGAAAUUAAAAAAAAAAUAUUUAAUAGAUCAAAUGAUAUAAAGAAUGGAAAUGAACUAUUAUUAUUUGAUGAUGAAGAAUAUCAAUUGGAAAAUAAAAAUAAAAAUAAAAAUAAUAAUCAUAAUCAUAAUAAUAAUUACAUCAAAAACAAUAUUACAGAUAAUAUGAAUAACAAUUUAAAUGAAGACACAUAA